UCAAACGAUCACCUCUCAAGUCUUAACGUUACACGGCAAAGACAUGUCACUAACAAUCGAACCUUGUCCUUCUUCAGCUUGUCAAUCAUGGCGACUAUGCUUUACAGUCUCGCCACAAGCAAACAGUCUCUCCCAACCAACGCCAUCAACAUAUCAUCGAAGCCGAGCUAUAGUUCCACACCGAUCCUCCUCUCCGCUCUCUUAUUCAGCAAAUCCAACAAAUCAUCGAGGGACCUAGGGUUAUUAACCCUAAAGAGAAGAAGUUGGGCUGUAAGGUCAAUUACAGAGGACAGAGAAGUUGUUCCUGUUAACAAUGAGAGCUUCAAGGAUGCAUUGGUGAACGGGUCUAAGGAUUUUGGGGAUGUUUCGUCUUCGGGUAAUCAGAAAGGAGAAGGGGAUGAUCAUGAGAACGAUAGGUUUAUCAACGCUGCUAUAGUUCUGAGUGCGGGUACUCUUGCAGUCACUAAAUUGCUGACAAUUGAUCAUGAUUACUGGCAUGGAUGGACUCUUUAUGAGGUAUUAAGGUAUCUUCCAGAGCACAAUUGGAUUGCAUAUGAACAAGCUCUCAAAGCAAAUCCUAUCUUGGCGAAAAUGGCAAUAAGCGGGAUUGUAUACACUCUUGGUGAUUGGAUUGCACAAUGUUAUGAAGGAAAACCUCUUUUUGAGUUUGAUCGGACUAGAAUGUUCAGAUCAGGCCUUGUUGGAUUUACUCUUCAUGGAUCCCUUUCUCAUUUUUAUUACCAACUUUGUGAGGUUCUUUUUCCUUUCCAAGGUUGGUGGGUGGUCCCAGCCAAAGUUGCCUUUGAUCAGACAGUUUGGUCAGCCAUUUGGAACAGCAUUUAUUUUGUGAUUUUGGGGUUCUUACGUUUUGAAUCCUCGAGCAAUAUUGUUAGCGAACUUCGGGCAACAUUUUGGCCCAUGCUGACUGCAGGAUGGAAACUUUGGCCAUUUGCUCAUUUGAUCACCUAUGGUUUAAUCCCUGUUGAGCAAAGGCUUCUUUGGGUGGACUGUGUGGAACUCAUCUGGGUUACAAUACUUUCAACUUAUUCGAAUGAAAAAUCAGAAGCACGCAUAUCUGAGGAAACUUCAGAGGGGAAGUCCAUUUCUAGUUCAAGCAGCCAUCUCAAGGAAUAAGUGAUUGAGAUUUUGGCUGAAAUGCACCUGAUAGUUAUCAGGAAAGUGAACAAAAUAUUGACUUAUUGCAACCUAAAAUCAAGAAUUCGGAGACGAUAAUGUACAUGAACAGCUGCAUCAAAAUCAAGCUACACAAGAUUUCCACAUUGCGAUAUUUGUUUUAGAUGACAAUGCAGAGAAGACACGUGCAUCAACGGUUUGCAGCAAAAGCCUGGAUUGUGAAUGAGAUCUCUGAGUAUCGUGUCUGCGGUAUUCCUUCAAAAUAUCAGUAAAAGUUUACUUUCAUCCUAUCGGGAAAGGUUAUGACAAAUGUAUAUAGUUAUUCAAAAUCAACAUUCUUUCUUAUCUUUUCCACCUUCUGUUUAUUUUUGGCCAAUGUCUUAUACACAUUUACAUGUGAAUGAGCUAUUAUUAUCUUGAGCUGUUUCUGCAAAUAUGCAACUUGCAAGA